AUGUCCACGACUGCCGUAUCUCUGGGUGAAUUCCAAAGACGUCUACAAUCGGGAGGCAAAUCGCUACCCACGGCAGCUGUCCCUGCGGCCUUUACCUACAAGAACUUCCAUGAUUUAAACAACCCUCGGUGCCUGCACCUCUCGCCGCUCUCGCAGAUAGCGCACAUUGAUGUCAACGCCUUCUAUGCUCAAGUGGAACAGGUGCGCCUCGGGUACACCGACAAAGACCCCGUCGUGUGCGUUCAAUGGGGCUCCCUCAUUGCCGUGUCCUACGCAGCACGAAACUUUGGGAUCGACCGAUUGGACACCUUCGCGCAGGCCAAGGAGAAAUGCCCACAUAUUAUAGGAGCACAUACAGCGGUGUACAAGAAGGGCGAGGUCGAGUGGUCCUACGCACACGAAGCAACUGGCGCAACCGGAAAACAUCCAUCAACAGCGACGAACAAGGUCGCGUUGGAUCCUUAUCGUAGAGAGAGCCGAAAGAUGAUGCGUAUCUUUAAGAGCUUGUGCGAUUCGGUGGAGAAAGCCAGUAUGGACGAGGUAUACCUCGACCUAGGCCGACUAGUCUACAAACGGGCCUGUGAAUUGUUUCCCGAGUUGACAGACGGCGAAGGCGAUGAACCGUUGCCAGAGAUCCCGGAAAGACUCCCCGAGGUGUUACAAUGGGCAGGGGUAGUUAUCCCUAGCUUCGAAGAAGAAGGAAAGGAUGACAGGAUUACUGAAAAUUCUGAUUCAACAAAUAUCAGUUCCACACCGGGCUAUGGGUUUGACCCAAAAUUGGCCCCAGAGCAGCUCCCACUGGUUUCUAGUCCCGAUCAUAGCACCAUGAAGCAUACUACAAAUGUAGCCCCUUUGCCCAUCUCUCAAGCUUCCUCUCCCAAGCCGCCAUCCAUUGCCAUUCGCUCGUGGUGUGAUAUCCUCCUUCUUGUUGCCUCCCAGAUCACCUUGGAAAUUCGCACCACAAUCCACUUUGAGCUCGGCUACACCACUUCCUGCGGAAUUGCGCCCUGUCGCACGGUGUCCAAGCUUGCUUCUGCACAUACAAAGCCCAAUAACCAGACGCUUAUUCGCGAGGGGCCCCCUCUUCACCGCUUUCUCGACAUGUAUGAGAUGCACGACGUGACCGGAUUCGGCGGUAAAAUCGGAAAAGAGGUUGCACGGGUGCUAGGGGACCCCUUGGGCCAGGUUCUGUCAUUGACCUAUAUCAGAGACGUGUAUCCCACGGUAGAGAUGGUCCGUAAACGCUUAGCCAUCACCGGCCUUGGCGACUCUGCCCCAAAGGUGUACGAUUUGGUUCGCGGCCAGCUCCGAGUUCCGGUGCCCGCUGCCUCCACGAACUCUGCAACCUCGGUUCAGACGUAUCUUUCGUCCAAAAACUUCCGGAAACCGUUCCAGGUGAGGAGCUUGGACGACAUGCUGGGGUGGAUGAAGGUAUUCGUGGCAGAUAUCGUCAACCGUAUAAGAGAGACGGACGAAGAGGAGACAACCGUGGAAGACAUGGCGAUCCAGGCCAAACGCCAGAGGGUUGCUAGACCACGACCCACGAAGAUCACCAUUCGGUAUUUGACCGAGGGGGGCAGCGCGUCUAUUACCAGACAAGCCACCAUUCCGCGCAUCUUGGCUUUGGAGGAGCUUCGCGAGGUGGCAUUUGACAAGGGCAUGGAUCUACUCAGACAGUUGGAGCUUCAAUGGGAGUCCUUGAACACCGGGAGGCCCAUGUGGCCGUGUAUCAACUUGGGAAUCUCUCUUGGGAGCUUAAAAAUGGGCGAGAACGAGGGAAUCCGCCUGAUUGAUGGCUUUUUGAAGAAGCUGGUUAUCCAAGAAGAGAUCAUCUCGACCCCCGAGGAAAAGAGAGAAGCUUUGGCUUACAAGUCACAGAAACGGCUGACCAGUUCUGUUGAUAUCAUGCAAUCGUUAUCGAUGAAGCAUUCUCUGAGACAGCCGAUGCUGGUACCAAGCUCCAAGGAGGAAAGGAUUGUGGUGCCGAGUUCUCGGGAAGGAAGUGCCUCGCUUGAGGAGAAUCCCAAGUACUGCGACCAGUGCAACUCCUUGGUCGAAGAAGACAUGGCUGAACACCUCGACUAUCACUUUGCGAUGGAUGUGGCGAGACAAAUGGAUGCUGAGUUUGAGGUGGAAGCAACCCAGAUGGAACAGUCUCAGGCGGACUCUAAGAAAAGGAAGAAGACGAUAAAGGGGAAGAAAAAGGUGGAGCGGGGCCAGUCCAGGUUGCCAUUUUAG